AUGGUCCCCAAUGUCGACGAGGCCGAUAACCUUGCCCGCAUGGAGCGGGGCGAACUGUACUAUGCUUUCACCCCCAAUCUUGUCGCAGCCAGGAGACGUUGUGGCGAGGCAGUUGGCCGGUUCAAUAGAGCAGGCGAUUUGACCAGGCGUGAAAUAGCACAGCAUUGGAAAGAGAUUACGAAUGACGACACGCCUCUCCCUGCCCCAGGCGCCUCGACUGAGGAAGACGACCAAAUAUUGCAGAGUUAUCCCUGGAUUGAGAGGCCCAUCAAUAUCGAUUAUGGAACAAACAUCAAAGUUGGCGUGAACGUCUUCAUCAACUUCAACUGCACCAUCAUCGAUACGUGCCUGGUGUCGAUUGGGUCCCGAACCAUGUUUGGCCCGAAUGUCUCCCUCUACAGCGGGACUCACCCACUGGACCCAGACCUACGGGAUGGCACGAAUGGCCCGGAAUAUGGAAAGCCUGUCACGAUCGGAGAUGACUGCUGGCUGGCAGGAAACGUCAUCAUCCUUCCCGGAGUGACGAUCGGCAAUGGCUGUGUAGUGGGAGCAGGAAGCGUGGUGACCAAGCAAGACUCCAAUAUCGCCGUGAUCGGCACCGUAGCGACGAGUGUCUACUUCCUAGGCGGCCCGAUAGCGACACCACUCGUGGCGCGCUUUCAGGCGUGGCAGCGGCACAUGAUUGUCGUCGGCUGGCUGGGCUGCUGCGUCUCACUGGCUGUGGCAUCGUUCAUGUCAUCAGUGCCCGGCUUAAUUGCCACGCAAGGCGUCCUUUAUGGCUUCGCGUUUACCCUGCUGUACUACCCCGUCCUACGCAUGCUGAAUGAGUGGUUCGUCCAUCGACGGGGGUUCGCCUUUGGUAUAAUGUCGACUGGCGCUGGCUGCAGUGGUGUCGGCUUGCCCUUUCUUCUGGAGUGGCUACUGGCGAAGUACGGUUAUCAGACGACGCUGCGGGCAAUGGCGGUCGUUCAAUUCAUUACGGUUUUGCCGGUGAUACCGCUCCUCAAGGGGCGCUUGCCAGUUUCCAGACAAGGCACGCUUCGCAAAGACGACUUUGGGUUCUUGAAGAAGCCGCUGUUCUACUGCUUCGCGUUCGUCAACCUCCUCGAAGCUCUGGGAUACUACAUCCCAUUCCUUUACUUGCCAACGUACGCAACGUCCUUAGGCCUCUCCGGGACGACGGGCGCGUUGAUACUGGCCGCGAACAACCUCGCCAUGAUAUUUGGCCAGCUCGCCCUCGGCUACGUCUCGGAUCGGGUCAAGAACGUGCUCACCCUGGUAUUCGCAUCCUCCUUCUCGGCUGCCGUGGCCAGCUUUACGAUCUGGGGCUACGGAGGUUCGGGUCCGUGUUAUCUGAUGAUCCCGGGCCGGUCUACGCGUUGA